GCUAACUCAAAAUCCUUCCUUUCCUUUGCAACUCUACCAAAGAGUGAAUAUUAAAAAAUGGAGUUGUUUUUCCUAUGUGGUCUCACUCUCUUCGUCCUAUUUGUCUCCUUUUCGCUUCUCUCUCUCUUUUCCUCCGCCCGGAGGAUGAACGCGUCCCAGUCAAAAAACCUUCCUCCUGGUAGAACAGGCUUGCCAUUCAUUGGCGAGAGCCUUGAAUUUCUGUCAACAGGCCGAAAGGGUCACCCUGAGAAGUUUAUAUUUGAUAGAAUGGCCAAGUACUCCGCUCAAGUAUUUAGAACAUCAAUACUAGGAGAAGCUACAGCAGUUGUUUGUGGAGCAGCUGGGAACAAAUUCUUGUUCUCUAAUGAAAACAAGCUUGUCACUGCAUGGUGGCCAAAUUCCGUGAACAAGAUAUUCCCUUCUUCUACCCAAACAUCUUCCCAAGAGGAAUCCAAGAAGAUGAGGAAACUACUCCCUACUUUCCUCAAACCAGAGGCCUUGCAAAGAUAUGUAGGGAUGAUGGAUACUAUUGCACAAAGGCACUUCGAGUAUGGUUGGGAAGGCCAUCAACAAGUAGCAGUGUUUCCACUUGCAAAGAACUACACCUUUUGGGUUGCAUGUAAGGUGUUCUUGAGCAUCGAGGAUCCUGAACAUGUAGCAAAAUUCGCCGAUCCUUUUAACGUUUUGGCCUCUGGGAUUAUAUCAAUUCCCAUAGACUUGCCAGGAACACCUUUCAACCGUGCCAUCAAGGCUUCAAACUUGAUAAGAAAAGAACUGAGUGCUAUUAUCAAACAAAGGAAGAUUGAUCUUACAGAGAAAAAAGCAUCUCCAACACAAGACAUACUAUCACAUAUGCUGUUAACAACAGAUGAGAAUGGGCAGUACAUGAAUGAAUUGGACAUAGCCGAUAAGAUUCUUGGCUUGUUGAUUGGGGGUCACGAUACCGCAAGUGCUGCUAUCACUUUUAUUGUCAAGUACCUUGCUGAACUACCUGAGAUUUACCACAAAGUGCUAACAGAGCAAAUGGAGAUUGUAAAAUCAAAAGCCCCCGGAGAGUUGCUGAAUUGGGAAGACAUUCAAAAGAUGAGGUAUUCAUGGAAUGUGGCAUGUGAAGUACUGCGUCUUGCUCCACCUCUUCAAGGGGCUUUUAGAGAAGCCCUGAACGAGUUCAUAUUUUCUGGCUUCACCAUUCCAAAGGGUUGGAAGUUGUACUGGAGUGCGAACUCAACCCAUAGAAAUCCAGAAUGCUUCCCGGCGCCUGAAAAGUUUGACCCAUCGAGGUUCGAAGGGAAUGGACCAGCUCCUUACACAUUUGUUCCAUUUGGAGGAGGACCAAGAAUGUGUCCAGGGAAGGAGUAUGCUCGACUGGAAAUACUAGUUUUUAUGUACAAUAUUAUGAAGAGGUACAAAUGGGAGAAGCUUCUUCUUGAUGAGAAGAUCAUUGUAGAUCCAAUGCCAAUGCCUGCAAAAGGACUGCCGGUUCGCCUGCUUCCUCAAUCAACUGCCUAGUUUUCUUUUGCCAUAUCUUUUCCCAAUUCUAUAAUAGUUUCCAAGGGGAGAAGUUUCCAAGUCAUCAAGGCAUUUUCAGCCAAGGAUAGCGACACUCGUGAAAUUAACGCAUUCAUGUGCUGUUAUUGAUAGAAAUUGCAUGUGUAAUAUUAAUUAUAUUGACCAAAAAUGUAGAAAGCCUUCUAUCUGGCCUUAAAUAAAGAUCAAUUAGAAUUUUGUACCUCUAUAUGUUUUCUUUGUACGAUUUUCUAAUAUUAGAAAAAAAAGAAAAGAGAUUGUGGAAACACUUUAGAUAAGUCUUCUUAUACAAGAAAGAAG